AUGUUAAUAUGUGGCCCACGGUUUGGAGCCUCCUUGCCUUUCGUACGCGUUGGGGGUUUUCACAAGAACAAGUGGAGUAUGAGUUGCAAAUCCCAGAGCGAGAGUGUGAAGAAAAAUCGUGCGAGUAAAGUAUGGCAGAAUUACAGUGUGAGACUUGUUGUUAUCUUCCUGACAGCUGCUACGGUAAUAGGUUCAAUUGCAACAGGCGCCGAUGCAAUUUAUGAACAGGAAGAGACUCUAUCAAACAUACCUCAAACUCUAUCCGGUGACAGUAAGAAACCUAAAAUACAGAAACCCAAGUCAAGGAAAGCGGAAUCCUGCACGGGUAAGUGUGUUACCACUUGCAUCAGAGGAGGCGAAGGCUCUCCUGGUGAAGGCCCUCUUAACGUCACAAGACCACUGGUUGUUUUCAAGCAAGGUUUUAGAUCUCGUCACUACUGUUUGGUGGAGUGUUCAGACAUUUGUAAUUUGAUGAGCAACACCGACGACAUGCCUUAA